AGCUGAGGGCGAGGGGUGGGGAGUGGGAAAGAUUUAGGAGAGAAGACGAAAGGAAUUCCUGGAUUUAGCCGAGCUUUCUCAGACGCAAACCCUGCUGUUGUCAGGGUGUGGAGAUGGCCUCUCCCUCUAGACAGGCUCCCCUUGGGGGAUCGGGACUGCUUCGGGGAAGCCGGACUCGUUCUUAUGGUAGCUUGGUGCAGUCUGCCUGCUCCCCGGUGAGGGAAAGACGCCUGGAGCAUCAGUUGGAGCCCGGAGACACCCUGGCUGGACUAGCACUCAAAUACGGGGUAACGAUGGAACAGAUUAAGCGUGUAAACCGCCUUUAUACUAAUGACUCCAUCUUCCUGAAGAAAACCCUCUACAUCCCCAUCCUGACAGAGCCAAGAGACCUAUUUAAUGGUUUGGAUUCUGAGGAAGAAAAAGAUGGAGAGGAAGAGGUACAGUUAAGUAAGGAUAAAGCUGGGCCACAUUCGGCUGAGAGGAAGAAGCAACAGACGGGUUCAGGACAUGCCAGUGGUGAAGUCCUCCCCAUACCUGGCCAGGAAAUCCCUACACCCAUUCAUGACCUCUCUGCCUCUGACUUCCUCAAGAAGCUUGAUUCACAGAUCAGCCUGUCAAAGAAAGCUGCAGCCCAGAAGCUGAAAAAAGGAGAAAGCAGGGCACCUGGGGAGGAUGCAUGUCCCCAUCUGAGCUCCCCUCGGAUGCAGCAACGAGCAGUCCUAGGUCCUCUGCCACUCACCCAGACCUCUCGGACCCAGACACUACGGGACCAGGAGGAUGAAAUCUUCAAACUCUGAUAUCCCCAGAACUGACUGAGACAAGCAAGAUGUUGAAGGAGCAACUUGAUGGGGAGAGGAGCCUGAGGUGAGGCUCGAAAACAUGGCUUCCCAGCCUGCCUCCCUCCACUCCUGCCGUCUUCCCCAGUUUCCCUGUCCAUCCAAGGGUUGCUUGACCUGGGGAAGUUUUACUAUUGACAAGAGUAAGGAAUGGGGACUUGAUCCCUUCUCAGUUUUUUGGCUGAAUCUAAAGUUUUUAUUUAGAUUCAAAAGGCUCUUUUUAUAUCCCUGCCUCCUUUCCCAUCCCUUUUACAAUUCCUUGGCCUUAGAGCAGGGAGGCAGGAACUCUCCCAGCCCCAAACUUCCUCCCCAUCCCCAACUAUGUUACAACUAUGUUAUCUAAUUUAUUUGGUGCUAUAUUGAAAUAAUAUUUAUUUGCUAUAUCUUAUUCCUUCCCACGUUUAGCUGGAAAAUAGGAUUUCUAUAGCCUCUGGGUGAGGGGAACCAAGAAACAGUGAGCCAGUGACUGCUGUUUCCCCACCUACUUAGCUGAGCAUGUUACUGGUGAUGGUCUAGUCCUACUGCAGAGAAUGGGGGACUAAGCCAGGCCUUUCUCCCAAUCUGAAAGUAAAGGAUUUAGGCUCAGCUUUGACUAACCAAUCCUCUAUAACUUCUCCACAACUCUUGUCUGAGAAAAAGCAAUGAUUUAGGGACCUGAACUCUCCAUCCACCACUUCACCCUUCUAAUCUGCUCCUCUGCUCAGCCUGUGGUGGGGCUGAGGAGAUGGAAGAGGACAGACUCCCCUUUUGUGGGGGGUCUCUUGUGAUACCCUCUCCCUACCACCCUACCAGAGCCUAUCUCUCUAUGGCUUGCUUCUCACUGCAUAUUUAUUUGUAAUUUGUAGCACUGAUCUGUGGUACAUUUUU